GUGGUUACUGUUUUCCGUUAGUAACUCAUAAAAAAACUGCAGUUUGCAUUUUCCCUAAGGAAAAAGUUCGUUCAAAUGAUCUCAGAAACCCUCCAUUUCUGGAUUACGAGACAUUUUUGGGAUAUCCUGUAGAUCGAUUAACAGCCUGAUUCGAUUCUCGAUAGUUCAGUGAAUCGAAUGAAAUUAGUUGAAUCGAGUUAUACAUAUUACUAAUUUCAAAUUUUUUAUCAUCAAGUGAUCAACAGUCUAAUUAAAAACAGAAACGAAGUAACAGAAUUCUUUUAAAUGGAAUUUGUAUUGUUAUUUACUAUUUUGUAAAACAACUGUUCGGUUUUGAACAAUAUGCGCACGAGUCAGAACGAGCACGAACUAGAGAACGAUAAAAUAUUUGUCAAUCAAAUAGAUCAUAAGUAAAUAUAGUAACAGAUACAAAAUUACAUAUAGCGAUAUUUCAAUGUACGUACCUUCGUAAGCUUCGUAAAUACCGUAUGUUACAUAUACAUAUACUCAAUCAUUUGAUUGGAUCUUAUCACAAACAAUACGUAGUAGCAUAGUACAUAUGUACAUACCGAUUAUAUGUACGUUUUGAGCCGUCGUACGAUGUUCAUGAUAUGGUUAUCUGAGUAUUUCUUAUUGUACAAAUACUAGUUAUAAGCAUUUUAUGCCCGAACAUCGACCGUAAGCCUUUCUGCAGUCUUUUUCUUUGUUGGGAAUCAUCAAGACGAACAAUGAUUAACGGACCAAAGAUUAUUAUUGUCGGAGCCGGGGCUGCAGGAUUUGCGGCAGCGGCUAGGUUGCUGGAAAAAGGUUUAGAAAACAUAACAAUUUUGGAAGGAAAAGAUCGAAUUGGUGGCAGAAUACACACAGUAGAUUUUUCUGACAAUGUUGUAGAAUUAGGAGCACAAUGGGUUCAUGGUGAGAAGGAAAAUGUUGUUUUUGACCUCGCAUCUCCAGAAAACUUGUUGGAUUCGUCAAAGUGCUUUAAUGAUUUCAAUGCCCAUGUUUUUGUUACUGCAAAAGGUAUAAUAUUACCACAGGAAGAAGGUUCGGAGGUAUUCAAGAUAUAUCAUGAUAUUUCUGAGAAUAUAACGGAGGAAAUAAACAAUGCAAAUUCAUAUGGGGAAUAUUUUAUAAAACAAUUUUACAAAAAAUUCGAAAAAAAUCCAUUCACUACCCGAGACAGAGCUGAGCAGCUUUUGGAUUGGAUGCAGAAAUUUGAUAAUUCAAUUCAGUGCAGCGAUUCUUGGUUCGACGUUUCUGCAAAGGGAAUCAAAGAGUACUGGACAUGCGAGGGAGAUCUUUUACUUAAUUGGAAACACAGCGGCUACAAGACUCUAUUCGAUUUAUUAUCUAGACUAUCCAACACAAAACAUGUACUGCCCAUAAUGGAGAAAGUAGAAUUGAACAAGAACGUUUCAAACAUUGAUUAUACAUCGAGUAACAACAUAAUCGUAAAGACAAAGGAUGGCUCAAAGUACGCAGCAUCUCACGUAAUAUUUACACCUUCUCUUGGAGUUUUGAAAGAGAAGUAUGCUACAAUGUUCACACCGAGUUUGCCCGAGUCUAAGCAACAAGCUAUAAAGGGUUUAAACAUUGGUACCGUGAACAAAAUUUUUCUAGAAUUUCCGCACAAAUGGUGGCCAGAGGAUUGUGCUGGUUUUAGCCUAAUAUGGUCGAAGGAAGACAAGAAAGAGUUUCUCGAGUCUCAUGGACAAGGCUGCGAAUGGCUAUGCGAUGUUUUUGCAUUUGUCGCGGUAGAUUAUCAGCCGCGAAUAUUGUCCACAUGGAUCUUUGGCAAAUACGCGAGACACAUGGAACUGCUGUCUGAUGAAGAAGUGUCCGAAGGAUUGUGGCUUUUGUUAAAAACAUUUUUAAGUGGGACACAUAAUAUCCCAAGAUUUGAGAAAAUGAUAAGGUCAUCAUGGUAUACCGAUGAACAUUUCCGUGGGUGCUAUACUUUUAGAAGUAUUACAACCGAAAAGUUAAACGUAGGUGCCAAAGAUUUAGCGAUUCCGAUAUUCUCAGCCGAUGGCAAACCUAGCAUUUUAUUCGCUGGAGAAGCAACGCACGACCAUUAUUAUUCUACCGUGCACGGGGCGAUUGAAACAGGACUCAGGGAAGCAGAGAGAAUAAUCGACUUCCACAGAACGUGUGGUUGGUUAAAGCAAGUAGUAAACAGCUUCGAUAAAAUGGGAAGGAUAUUCAAUACCGAAAACGAAAUAACAGAAAGAACGAAAGUUGUGAUAGUAGGCGCGGGAAUAGCGGGAUUGGCAGCUGCGAGAACGUUAGAAGACGCGAAUUUCAAGGAUUAUCUGCUACUCGAAGCUGAUUGUGAGAUUGGUGGUCGAAUACGAACAAUACCGUGGAACGAGAAUUGGAUAGAAUGUGGCGCCCAGUUUUUACAUGGCGAUCAGAGCCCAUUGGCAAAACUAUGCUACGAAAAUGACCUAAUCUCCGACAUCGACUUCAGAGACGGCCAGGGCAUGUUCAUGCGCAGCAACGGUGUUAACGUAGACACAGUCAUGGUAGAAGAAAUAUGCGAUCUUGUUCAGAUAACCCUAGAAGACUGUGAGAACGAAACGAAAUACUUACAGGAUGAUUCUGAGAGUUUAGGUAAGGUCCUCAAGAACGCGUUGAAGGACCAUUUACAGCGGAGAAACGAUUCUCCAGCUGUAGCUAGCAUAAAGGAGGAACUGAUGGAUUGGAAUCUCAGAUUUCUUGUGAUAGAUAAUGCAUGUCCAACACUGGAUGAUUUGUCCACCAAAUACUGGAGCAAAUUUAAGUUUGUUGGUGGUUCUGAGAAUCUCCUGUUUAGAAAUGGAUACCACACCUUGACAAAAAUUAUCGUAAGCGGCAUACGUAAAAAGAAUCUACGACUGAACACUACUGUGGAAGCUAUUGAGUGGCACCGAGUGAUCGAUAAAGAUCUUGAGGCACCUGUUAUAUUGAAGUUAUCCGACAAUACUCGGAUCCUCUGCAACUGCGUGAUAGUCACUAGUUCACUAGGUUACCUGAAGGAUAAUUACAAGACCAUGUUCACGCCAGCAUUACCGCAAUCAAUAAGUCAGGCGAUCGAGUAUCUCGGAUUCGGUUUGAUUAACAAAGUCUUCCUAGACUUUGGCAAAGCUUGGUGGCACGAUGGCACAAAAGGAUUCCAAUUCCUUUGGCCGGAGAGGAAGCCUGAAACUUUGAAGAUUACAACAGAAACCUCGUGGACCAGAGAUCUGACCGGAUUCGAUGUUCUUCCUGACCGAGAAGGUGUUCUUUUAGGUUGGGUGGGUGGCCAUGGGGCUUACAUCAUUGAAACAUUGAGCGAACAACAAGUAGCAACCGAUUGCGAAAAUUUACUCAAACAGUUUCUAAGUCUCGCCUCGAUACCACCGGUGAAGAAAUGUGUGAGGACAAAAUGGAACUCGAAUCCGUACGCUAGAGGUAGCUACAGCCAUAUCCCAACUAGGUGCAACGAUAUAGGAAUAACACCGGCUGCAUUGGCCGAGCCAAUAUGGAGUAAAAUCUCAGGCAAUCGCAACAGUAAGGCCAUGCCUACAGUGAUGCUAGCUGGCGAAGCGACCAGCGACAACUACUUUUCAACGACACACGGCGCCUUCGAUACCGGCGUGAAGCAAGCUCAAAUUUUUCUACGCCACCACGUAUUCAGAAAUUGAUCUAGAAUACAUGCAACAUGUUCCUUGUACUAUAUGUAUACGCGCACAGCUAUAGCUCAAGAAGGAAAGUUAUAUUUGAUACGGCACAACGGUGCCAAUUAUUUUGCCAAAACCAAAGAUGGCUCGUAUAUUUGUAAAUAUAAUCAAUUACAAUAACCAUCUGAUCAUAAAA